CGUUCCAAAGCGAGGUAAGGCGUUGAUGUAGAUAUUCGAUUUUCGGUAGUUCUCGACCGACCGACAUCAAUGUCGGUCGGUGUCACGUUUUUCUACAGUUGUUCGAUUAAGUUACGAGUUUACGCUAAUUAAGAAUUCACGUAACUUCGGUCUCGGUAAUUCAGCGUUCAUUUACGUCUGAUUUGUUUCCGUGGCGUCGUGUGAAAUAUUUGAGACUUCUGGGACGAGAAUUUCGAGGUUUUUGGGGUCUAAAAAAAGAUGCUGGAAGCGGAGACCUUUUGGGAGAGCCGGCACAAAAAGGUCGAGGCACAUGCGAGGGCUCCCCGUGCUUGCCCUCUUUUAAAACACUCCAAAUGCACUCACGCUCCCUUGGAAUCGUUUGUUCGCACCUAACUAUACUUGUGGGACUAAUAGAGAAUGUUUAUCCACUCGGCAAGUGUUUUGGGGCUGCGAGAGGCCCUCGACGCGGCUCGACGCAACGCUGGAUACUCGGGAGACUCGGGGCUCGUCGAAAGCGAUUAUUUACGGGUGUCGGUGGGAAUCGCUGUGCACGUUUUCGUGAAUCCUUCGAGUGAAAUGGACGCUUUCCACAACUGCGAAUACUGGUCCAUGGAGAAAAACAGCAGCCAAUAACUCUGCGCAGCGAAGAAAGCUUCUCUGCAGACCUUUGAAAUAAUCUUUAACGGAUUUUAUAUGUUGUAUUUACGACGCAGAAAUAUCAAUAACAAAUGCAGCGUAUUUAGCGGCAAAAUGAGAGAGAUUCGAAGGCGUGGACCAACGCGGCUACGGGGGAGGGUGGAGAACCGCCCCUGCUAAAAUCCUUUCGGCCAAUGAGAGGACAGCGAGGUAUCGUCAACCCCCGCGUGUGCAGGGGUUGCUCCGAAAGCUCAGCGAAUCUCGUAUCAGUCUCUUGGCAUCCACUCGGCAAUCUCUACGUCCCGGUGAUAAAUCUCGCACCCCUUAACAGAUUUGAUUCCCUGGUUCGAACGUAUCACGCGCCUCUUUACGAUCGCGGCAUUCCUCGGAGUUUCGAUAAUCCCUGAAGACAGUUUGACUCGAACCGGAAGUGCAAAUAUACUUGCCGAACUUCGUCCGGACUUUGUUUCUUGGAGUAUCGACGAAAUAUAUAAAUAUACUUACAAAUAGUUUCAUAACCAAAGGGAAAAAUAUGGCUGGACCUUAUUUAUCACCGCUCGGACCUCAGGCUGACUUGCUCACCGAAUACAUGUUCGGACGGCGGCGUCAGGUCAGUAGACGGAAUCGAACUACGUUCACACCGCAGCAGCUUCAAGAGCUUGAAUCACUUUUUCAGAAGACUCAUUAUCCCGACGUCUUUCUACGGGAGGAAGUUGCUCUUAGAAUCUCACUUUCGGAAGCUCGGGUUCAGGUCUGGUUCCAAAAUCGUCGAGCAAAAUGGCGAAAGCAGGCGCGCCUUCAGUUGCUGCAGGAUGCUUGGAGGAUGCGAUGUCUUGGUCUCGGUAGCGCGGCGCCGCUCCUUCUGCGACCACCACCGGCAACGGGUUCGAGUUCCGAGGGCCACGAUGCCUCGUCGCCACCGCCGACGGGUCUUGGCUCGCCGAGCGACAAAACUCAGGAAAACGGGACAACGGGGCCGAUGUCGAUGUGUCGGGAUUAUAGAAUUUUGCCACCUCAUGGAUACUCGGUAGGCUGUGACAAGUCGCCAGAGCGUGUAAAGUGUGGCUGCGGUUCCCCGGGGCCAAGAAAUUCGUCGAGUCCAGCAUCGAGUGUCGAGCAAGAGAUGGGCGUGAGAGAAUCGAGACCGCCGCAAGAGGCGGAAAUCGAUUUAACGAUCAAAGGGCCGAAUCCAUCGCGGACACCGCGCAUAACAUCACUUUACCAUCAUCAUUUGCCUAGCAACGAUUCGCGGCAACAAAAUCCAUUGAGUCCUGGAACGCCGAUGAAUCGUGGAUCGAUUCACGACGAGCCGCUCGACGUCACUCUCAACGGCAAUCGGAACAACAAUUGAACCAGUUUCAUUCAUUUUUAUUCGUUCAAUAACACUCAAAGAAACAAACUGUAACAAUGGUAAUCCGAAACGUUGACACUUGUUGAGAGAAAAAAGAAAUACGAGGCGAUUACAGACAUCGGGGUGAGUCAGAAACACACACGAAUACCAGAAAACUCAAGAAAAUUCAUUCAAAUUUUCAGAAUUCUUAGAUUGCCAAAUUCUCGAAAUAAACCCUUCUGAACCUUUUUCUUUUCGAUUUACGGUUCGUGAGAUAUUAAUCGAUCAGUGAUAGCCAAUCGAGUGGUCGCGAUAAGAGGCAAACGCUUGUUCGUUGCGAGGCGGAGCAUAUUCGACUUUUCAAAUUGAAUAUCACGAAUCGGUUAAUAUUUCAUAAACUCUGAAUCCUGGAGAAAAGCUUCCAAGUGCUUUUCCCUUCAGAAUUUCGCGAUUUGAAAAUUCCUUUUAUUCCAAGCACUACUUUUACGACACUCUUCAUAAAAAAGGGUCUUGUAAGCACAUAUAAAUUUGGAAAUACUGCGAAAAGCCUGUAAAUAACGCAAGACACGACUCUCGCUCACCCGAUCUUUCUCGCCAAAUGACUCGAAUAUAAAUUGAUCAGUAACGAUAAUAACGAUACACGAAUUACAUUUAAUUAGUAGAUAUAAAAAAAAAUAUAAAUUAUAUAUAUAUAUAUAUAUAUAUAUUAUCGUAAGAUAGCGAUCAACUAGUCUGACAUACUACCAAACAUUCGAUCGAGGAAAUAUGGAGGAAGAACAAAAUAUAUAUCGAAUGUUUGGAUUAUCGAUAAAGAGAAAAAUGUGUGGCGCGAGCUGGCAAGAUAAUAAUAACAAUAAUAAUAAAAACAA